AUGCUUCUGCCUAGCCUCUAUUUGGAAGUAAUUGGCUAUAGUGUACCAGAAGAAGAUAGAGAGGCAAGAGUUCAGGCUCGAAUUCAGAAGUUAAGAGAAUUGAAUCUUAAAAAAUAUGGACAAAGCGAAACAAAUAGAAACAAUUUUUCAAGAUCAGCUUCUGAAAAUGCUGCAUUUCCAAAAAAUAUACCAAAUUUUAUUAAUAAUUUAACAUCAGAGAAAAACUUAAAUACCCUAAAGAAACCAACAACCAUUUCUAAUGUACUUCCCAAAAAAACUGAUUAUCCUAGUGGUAUACCUAAAAAAACAAAACCUCAAAUUAAAAAUAUUGUUAAUGAUCUUAAAAAGCCAGAAGCAAAAGAUAUCCAAAAAAAUAUGAAUGGGGUUUUUAAGAAGAUGGAUAUAAAGAAUACCCAAAAGCAUGUCAAUUGGGAUACUAAGAAGGCAGAAACAAAAGAUUUGGACAAAAAGAAGACUGUAGACUUACUUAAUGCAAGUAUUAAGGCUAAAGAAAAUGCUAAUUUAAGAAAAUCAGUUAUUCCAACUAAACCUCCACUUAAUAAUAGAAAGAGUUUCAUACCCACUAAUACAGCAGCAGUCGCUAGAAAAAGUACUAUUGGCGGUACAUUGGGAAAGAGAGAAUCUGUUUUUGAUCGACUCUAUAAACCGAAAACUGUUUAUACAGAGCAUAAUAUUAAACAUGACAAGAAACCAAUUGCUCCUCCAGUAGUAAACAGACGAAAGACUAUAUUUGACCAAAGCCAGAGAGCUAAACUGCCAGUUCGAAGAUCCAUAUCUGCUGUACACUUUAAGAAAAUUGACAAAGGUGAACUUAAAAACUGCAUACACAGAUCGGCGUCCAUCGGAGAGAUAAACAGAGUGUCAUUGCAUUACAUUAAUGAAGAUGAAAACAUCCAAGAAAUGGUAUCAGCAGUGAAGAGCGAACAGAAAAAAGUUAAAUUCCAAACACCAUUGACAAAUCCAGAUGAAAUGAGAUUGAAAUUGGUGAAAUGGUUGGAAAAACGCGGAAAAACUAUUGAUACAUACCAGCAUUUACACUGUUUUGGCAUACAACAGUCGUUUGAUAUUCCAAAGUUUGAUUAUGGUGAUGAAGAUAAGGAAAACCAGCCGUUGGAAAAUGAUAGUGAUAAUGAAUCGUUUACCGAGUUGAACGGACAGCUGAUUAAUAAGUGGAGGAGUCCAAGUAAUAUGGACAGCGUUGAAUUAAAUGAGAGCUAUGAAACGGCAGUCAUUUCUGAAUCACCAAUGGUGAAUGAUGCGUUGUUGGGUGCUCUCAAUGAUUUGACGGAAAUAUUAAGAAAUGGAUAUAGCUGGGAAGAAGGCGCCCGUUGGCUCCGUGCAAUAAGAGAUACAUACACUGCUGCCCAAGAAACGGCUACAUACUGGGAAUGUAGAGCCGCAUUAGAGGAAGCCCGAGGGGACAUGCCAGCUUCCAUGCAGUGCUGGGAAGAAGCGCUAGCUAAGGGCACCAAUCGGACAGUAGCAGAAGAAAACAUUGACCAGCUGCUAGCCAAGUUUAUGCAAUUGAAGAUUAACCCUGGUUCCGAGAAGAAAGUGGACCCAAAGCUGGUUGACGCAAAAAAUGUCUUUAAAAGUACAUUACUUAAAUUUGCUGUGCAAGAAAAUAUUAAACAAAUAACUCCAACAGUGACACCCGUACGUCGAAGUGCGAGGCUUAAUGACAGGAAAACUCCGCUAAAACUAUUCAACACUGUACAACAAGCAGUUGACACUGAAAAGGCCGAAUUUCGGCCUAACCGAGCUAUUGCUCCCACACCUUAA